AGUAGCAGGGAGGAAGGAGGGUGGGCGCAGGACAGAGGAAAGAGAAAACAGAACAAGAAUUUUAUGCCCCUGUGUCUGAAUAUAACCUCAACUUUCAGAUAAUAACAUCUGAGUUGCACUUUUGCCUUUUUAUUUCCGUUUUGGACACCUUUUUUAACAUCCAGCCAGCAGGGACAGACAAAGCACUGUGGUGCCCUGAGCGACAGAACUCUGGUAGGGGGCUGGCUGUAAAUUGACGUGGCAUGGAAAUUCUCCGCUAAGUUGUAGCAGCUUGCGUAUUUCUCUAAGACCAAGCCUCGCCUCCGGAGCUGUAGCUUAACCAUGGGUGCAGUGACUUUACAGAAAAAUGGAUAGGAACAAGUCUCCAGCUCCUUUCUUUGGACUCAAAUAUUUUCUUUUUGGGUGCCUACAUUUUAGCUGAAAACAAAAUCAAAGCAAUUUUGCCAUGGGGUGCGGACUUAGAAAGCUAGAAGACCCUGAUGAUAGCAGCCCUGGAAAAAUAUUUUCUACUCUGAAGAGACCGCAAGUGGAAACAAAGACAGAAUUUGCUUAUGAAUAUAUAUUGCUGGAUUUUACUUUACAAGCUUCAUCGAACCCAGAAGUCAUCCAGAUAAAUUCAAUUCUGGAUAUAGUAUCAAAAGUGGAAGACUAUUACCUUAAAGGCUAUAUUGUUGGGGCUGUUCAUCCUGUUAUACAACCCACAGGACAGCAAAAACACCUGCCAGCAAGUUACUUAUAUAGAGUGGUGCUGUCACGCUUGAAAUUGAGCCCGAAGCAUCCAGCAGCACCCAGUGGACAAAGACGCCCACGGCUUGUAAUUGAGGAGUGUCCUCUAACUUAUGAGACCCAAACAAACGACAUAGCAAAAGAGCUGAUAGAAAAGAUUAAUGUUGCUGCUAAAAGAGGAAUGAAAUUCGUAGGAUUCAUAUCACAGCAUCACCCACCAUCUAAAUUCUGCAAUGGAACCAACCAUGAUGGAGAUAUAGAAUCAAUGCUACAUAUAAGACACAGCUCAGAUGAAAACUAUAAGAGCUGGACUGAAGGAGUAUUAAGUGGACAAUUAUCUGAAAGUGGAACUGACGAAGAACUUCAUCAUGAAAGUGGGCAAUGUCCAGUGGAACAAAAUGGCAGGCCCAGCUCCUCCAAACCAAGAAAGGCAGAAGAUAACAAAUUAUAUACAGUCUUCAAUGUUUUUGAUGAUGAUUCAACCUGCCGGACCUAUCAGGAAAGCAUCUUGUCAAUGAAAGUAACGAGAAAAGGAUCUGUCAUUAGUACCCUUGAAGCUGAUUGGCUAGACUUAACUACAUUUUAUUAUAAGCAAGGCUUGUCUUUAAUUGAUUCUUUUGUAUGCUGGGAAACAUCUAAAGGGGACCAUUUGCCUAAAUCUUUGGAAGGAUUUUUUAUUUAUGAAGAAGAAGGUUCUGGAGUUCCAGGUUCUACUAGGAAGGGAAAUGAUGCCAUCGUAGUAGAACAAUGGACCAUUAUUGAGGGCUGUGAAAUCAAAACGGACUAUGGCCCUCUGCUGCACACUCUGGCUGAAUUUGGAUGGCUUCUGACCAGCGUGCUGCCUACACCUUUGCUGAGACAUGACAGUGAAGGCAAUUUGGCUACAAAGCAGGUUGUAUUCUUUCAGAGGCCAGUUAUAUGGAAUUCAACUGCUCAGACACAGGAAAGGAAAGCCAGCCAGCAAGUGAAAGGUGAGGACGGGAACAAAGUCGCCAGUAAGAGCGCCGGGUCAGACACGGCCACGUCACAAGCCACGGAGGGCAGGCACCCGUCCAAGGAGAGCUUCCUCUCUUUCUCCAGAGAAUGUUGGACGAAGGAGGGGAGGUCGGCACAGCACCCCAACCUCUUCGGGCUCAGCAGUAACAGUGUCCUCCAGGAAAUAGAUGAGGGACAGUUGGAUCAAGAAGAGGGAGUGACUCAGGUCACUUGUAUGUGAGCCAGGCAGUGACGCAACAGAAGGCUCUGGACAGAAGUAUUAAAAUAAGUGCCAAUUGUCUUUAUUGUAUUACUUUUUCAGACUCAGUUUUUCCUCUAAUCCAUGUAAACUUUGACAACAUCACAGACAAGGAAGAAUAACCAACAUAUCUGUAAAUUUAGAAUCAUGUUUACACUUCUCUCAACGGAAACGUCCGUCUAAAUAGAUGUCCCAUUAGGUUAUGAGGAAUAAUCUAAUGCAGUUUCUCAUGAAUGUACGGAGCAUACUUUCCUUGCAGUGCUUGCUCAGAAGUCUGAAUAUCUCACCCAGUAUUUUAUCUCAUUGGAAAGUUCUCAGGAAGUUACAGUAUCUCUCUUAAGCUGAACAAUAAUUGCUUGCUCUGUCUCUCACACACCCACAUGGGGCUGAUUAGUGAAAAUAAAUCCCUAUUUUCUGAAUGUAUCAGUCAAUCCAAUUUUGUCUUCUACUAUGGCAUGUAUAUACAAAGCAAGCCCCUACUUGUCAAAACAAAUUUUUUUGGAAAAAAAUAUCCUUUUCUGUAUGUCUUUGUUUUUAAAGGGGCACCAUGUUACCAACCCCGUCCUGAUUCACUGAGCUUUGACAUCACUGCUUCUGAUAGCCUGAAAACAGCCAAGUGAAGCAGCAUCUCUUAAAAUCCAAUCUGAAAAGGGAACCAGCAGUUAGCGUAAUGGCUAUGUCGCUGGAUUCCCACGUAGUCGACCGCGGUUCGUG